CCUUUGUAGCUAAUAUGUUUUAGCAUGAAAGGAAUGUCCAGUUCCUGCGAUGCGCAACAAAAGAAGACUUACUAAUCUAUGUCUGGAUAAAUCUACAUGAUCUGUGGACUUUAUAUAUGUGUGUAUAAUAAGUUGUUGUCGCCUUGUGAAGAUGUCCAAAGGUGAAAUGUUGAGGGCGCUGGUGAAGCAGCGGCUAACCGCGGCGGCGGAGGAGAUAUUCGGGCUGUUCGAGCGAACCAUAGCGGAGUACGAGGAGGAACUUUGUCUUUACAGAGAAGUGAAUGAGCGACAACAAAAACUGUUGGACGGUUUUCUGAACGCAAAUGAACGAGCACAAAAAGAAGAGAGUCCUGCAGACGUCCAAGACCAGCCUAUAGUUCAUCAAGGAGUUAACACUGAGCCACAGCAAUGCAGCCCCAAUCUGGACCAGGAGGAUCCAGACCUCAUCCUAGUUAAAGUGGAACAAGAGGAACUGUGUAUCAGUCGGGACAGAGAAUACAAGAGCCUUCGAGAGCUGCUAGAGGCUGAUACCACAACCAGUCUUGCACGUCUGAAGACUGCAGCUGGAGCUAUACCUGAGUCCUCACAGCUUCAUCGCAGACAAACUGAUCAGAAUGGAGUGGACAUGGACAGAGUGGACUGGGCAGGAUCAGAACCAGCAGUCAGUCCAGAUCCAGAUAGAUACUUACAACCGCUUAGUGAUGACCAGACUGAUGACUCCUCUGUGGUUUAUGAAGCUGACUGGAAGAAGGCCCCUGAUUCUGACAACAAAGACAGUGACAGCGAUUGGACGGAGAUGAAGGACGAAGAGUCGGCCUCGGAUACUGAUGACAGUGACGAAGAUUGGGAACAGAGCAGGGAAAAUAAAUCCAAUUUAAACAAAAAGACAAAGGCUCCAGGGAGAAGUUCAAGUGGACAGAUGAAGACAGAAGCUAAGCUGGGUCAGGUCACCCACAAAGAGAGCAUUGAUAGUAACAGUUCUGUGGAGAAACAUGAGGACGUUGGCGCAGGAGACAAACCAUUCGGCUGUUCGUUAUGCGACACACGGUUUACAGACGCGUCGACUCUACUCCGUCACAUGACAUCACAUGCACCCUGUUUAGGUGAGAAGAAAGCCACAGACACUGUCAGUGAUGUGAAAAAACACAAUGACGUUGCCGUUGGUAACACGAGAGUCAAAAAAAAGGAGUUUAACUGCCCCGUGUGCAGUAAAACUUUUAGAUGGAGGUCUUAUUUGAAGAGACACAUGGAAGCACACACCGGAAAUAAAUCCUCUCGUUGUUCGAUAUGUGGGACAAGAUUUCCUGAUCACCAGAGUCUGCUAUUUCACAUGGCGCGUCACAACGGAGAACAGCCUUUCAGCUGUUCAGUAUGCCACAAAAGUUUUAAACGUAAGAGUUACGUGAGGGGACACAUGAAGAUCCACAGCAGAGACUUGAGUUCAUCUGUUAGUGACACAGUAAAUCUAACAUAACCUGGAAUUGAGAUUA